AUGAGCAGGCAGGCACCGACGGUGAGAUCUGUCCUGGGACGAAGAGGCUUCAGCUCAGCCUCGGAGAUCUGCGGUCGCAGCUACGCCGCAUCCGCCAGCCAGCCUGUGCGGUGCGGCGCCUACAGCAGCAGGAGCGUUUGUAACCUGGGCGGGAGCAGGAGGAUCUCCUAUGUCAACGGGGGCUGCUCCACCAGCUGCUUUGGGGAGAUGGGAUUCGGAGGCAUGGGCUAUGGGAACGCUGGAGGAGGAAGGAUUGGCCUGUGUGGCCCCCGGGGAUACAGCAUCGUGCGGGGGUACCCUGAGCGCAAGGCUGACGGCAUCCAAGGGAUCUGCAUCGACGAGCGGCUGCUGAAGCCCCUCUGCGUCGGGGUGGACCCGCUGGAACACGAGAUACGCUGCCAGGAGAAGGAGCAGAUCAAGACCCUCAACACGCAGUUUGCCUGUUUCAUUGACAAGGUCCGAUUCCUGGAACAGCAGAACAAAGUGCUGGAGACCAAGUGGGGCCUCCUGCAGCAAUAUGUGCUGCCAAAAAAGGGGAAAAACCUGGAACUGUACUUCGAGAAUUACAUCUGUGACCUGCGGAAGCGCCUGGACUGUUUGCUGUGUGAAAAGCAGAAAUUGGGCAGUGAAGAAUGUGCCACAAGCCAGCUGGUGGAGGAGUUCAAGUGCAAGUAUGAAGAGGAAAUCAACAGGCGCACAACUGUGGAGAAUGAAUUUGUGGCACUCAAAAAGGAUGCAGAUUGCAUCUUCUUGAACAAGGAAGAGCUGGAGGUGAAGGUGGAUCUGUUAAGGAGGCAGCUGGAGCUUCUGAAAUGUGUGUUUGAGGAGGAAAGGGCCCAGGUUGAUCGCCAGCUCUGCGACACCUCAGUCAUUGUCAAGAUGGACAACAACCGAGACCUGGACAUGGAAAGCAUCAUCAAGAACGUCGAGUGCUGGUACCAGGAGAUCGCCCAGAAAAGCAAAGAAGAAGUCGAUGCUUUCUACCAGACCAGGUUUCAGGAGCUGCAGGAUAAGAGAGGGAAAUACUGCCAUGACCUGCAGAGCAACAAGUGUGAGAUUUCAGAGCUGACCCGGAUGAUCCAGAAGCUGCAGUGUGAGCUGGAGAGCGUCAAGAAACAGGUCUCCUGCCUGCAAACCUCCAUUUGUGAUGUUGAGCAGCGUGGAGAUUGUGCCCUCAAAGAUGCUCGAGAAAAGCACAUUGAGCUGCAGAAUGCUCUGCAGAAGGCCAAGGACGAGCUGGCCUGCAUGCUGCGGGACUAUCAGGAGCUGCUCAAUGUCAAGCUGGCCCUGGACAUUGAGAUUGCCACCUACAAGACUCUUCUGGAGGGUGAAGAGAGCAGAAUUACAGGCCACGCAGCCCCAGUAAUCUCUUCACUCUCACAGGGCAACAUUCUAAUUGCAACCUGA